AUGAAAAUUAUUUUCCUGAUUUUUUUGAUUCCCUUGAUCCAAUCUGAAAAUUCUGAAAUCGCCAACAGAAUCUUCGAAAAGUUCCGCGAACUCGCCUACGCUGGCAAUUUCAAAACUGCCAAAACCCUCCUUGCUCCGAAUUUCGAAAUCAGAUGGUUUGGAGUUGGCUCAACUCCAGAUAAAUAUCUUAAAGAUCUGCAACACAAUCAAUUCCGAACCAAGUUUCUUGAGGCUCAACUGCAAACUUCUGAAAAUUCUGAAGUUGUGCUGAUUUAUGACGUGGAUGAUGGAAGAUUGAAGUAUAAGCUGGAAUUGAGAUGUUUGAUUGAUGAGAGUUCGGGAGAUGGCAGGAUUCAUUUUAUUAAAACGAGGGCUGUUAAGAAAUUUUGA